AUGCAGGAUGGUGAAGCGUAUGCUUACCUUCUCAGCACCCUUGCUCCAGAGCUUAGCUCAAAAACCAUGAUAGAAACUGCAGAUCCAAAGGAGAGGGCGCAGAAAGUACUUGAAACCGCAGAAAAGCUCGAUUGUACAAGAUAUGUAACGUCUAAAGAUAUUGUUGAAGGUUCGGCCAAUCUUAACUUGGCAUUUGUUGCUCAAAUAUUCCAAAACAGAAAUGGUCUAUCAACCAACACUGUGGCUCCCGUUCAUCAAGAUACUCCUGAUGAUGUGGAGGCAUCCAGGGAAGAGAGAGCAUUUCGCCUAUGGAUCAACAGUCUUGGAAUUCCAACUUAUGUGAACCAUUUGUUUGAGGAUGUUAGGACUGGAUGGGUUAUGCUAGAGGUUCUUGACAAAAUUUCUCCUGGGUCAGUUAACCGGAAGCAUGCAUCUAAACCACCAAUUAUUAUGCCAUUUAGAAAGGUUGAAAACUGCAAUCAGGUUAUCAAAAUUGGGAAGGAGUUAAACUUUUCUCUGGUGAAUGUAGCAGGAAAUGACAUUGUGCAAGGAAAUAAGAAACUAAUUCUAGCUUUCCUGUGGCAACUCAUGAGGACUAGUAUCCUACAAUUGCUAAAGAACUUGAGAUCCCACUCUAAAGAGAAAGAGAUCACAGAUGCUGACAUUCUCAUUUUGGCUAAUAACAAGGUCAAGGAAUCAGGCAAAACUUCCCAUAUUGAAAGCUUCAAGGACAAAACAAUAGCAGAUGGGGUGUUCUUUCUUGAGCUCCUUAGUGCUGUGCAGAGCAGGGUUGUUGACUGGAACAUGGUGAAGAAGGGGGAGGAUGAGGACGAGAGGAAGCUGAAUGCAACAUACAUAAUCAGUGUUGCUAGGAAGCUAGGUUGCACUGUCUUCUUGCUGCCUGAAGACAUAAUGGAGGUGAACCCAAAGAUGAUCCUCACCCUUACUGCAAGCAUCAUGUACCGGAGCCUGCAGAAUCAAGGGCCUUACCAAUGUCCAGGACCACAGGAUGCUCUUCCAGAGGAAGAGGAAGGCGAGGAGGAAGAAGAAGAAGAGGAUUUUGAAGGAGGCGUCGAAGAUGGUGUCUCCAAAACGACCACUUGA